UUUAUGUUGCCCUAGUAACACUAAAUAAAAUGUUAAACAUAGAGAUCUUAUCCCCUUCUGAAUUUUAGGUAUUUGACCGCAUGGAAAUGGUCAUCUAAGGGAGUUUAUGGCAGCUCUUCCUAGCUUAUCUAAAGACCCAGGAAAUCUGAACUGUGUUCUCUAACCUUCCAAAAUUGACUAAUUCUAAGCACCUCUUUCAGUAUUCAAGUCAAACAACGUUGAAAUGGAUUGGGUGUUGAAGCAUACUGGUCCAAAUAGUCCUGACACGGCCAAUGAUGGCUUUGUACGUCUUAGAGGACUCCCCUUUGGAUGUAGCAAGGAAGAAAUUGUUCAGUUCUUCUCAGGGUUGGAAAUCGUGCCAAAUGGGAUAACAUUGCCGGUGGACUUCCAGGGGAGGAGUACGGGGGAGGCCUUCGUGCAGUUUGCUUCACAGGAAAUAGCUGAAAAGGCUCUAAAGAAACACAAGGAAAGAAUAGGGCACAGGUAUAUUGAGAUCUUUAAGAGCAGUCGGGCUGAAGUUAGAACUCACUACGAUCCACCACGAAAACUCAUGGCCAUGCAGCGACCAGGUCCCUACGACAGGCCUGGGGCUGGUAGAGGGUAUAACAGCAUUGGUAGAGGAGCUGGCUUUGAGAGGAUGAGACGUGGUGCUUAUGGCGGAGGCUAUGGAGGCUAUGAUGAUUACAAUGGCUAUAAUGAUGGCUAUGGAUUUGGGUCAGAUAGAUUUGGAAGAGACCUCAAUUACUGUUUUUCAGGAAUGUCCGAUCAUAGAUACGGGGAUGGUGGUUCUACUUUCCAGAGCACAACUGGACAUUGUGUACACAUGAGGGGAUUACCCUAUCGAGCUACUGAGAAUGACAUUUAUAACUUUUUUUCACCGCUUAACCCGGUCAGAGUACACAUUGAGAUUGGUCCUGAUGGGAGAGUGACUGGUGAAGCAGAUGUCGAAUUUGCAACUCACGAAGAUGCUGUUGCAGCUAUGUCAAAAGAUAAAGCAAACAUGCAACACAGAUAUGUAGAACUCUUCUUGAAUUCCACAGCAGGAGCAAGCGGUGGUGCUUACGAACACAGAUAUGUAGAACUCUUCUUGAAUUCUACAGCAGGAGCAAGCGGUGGUGCUUAUGGUAGCCAAAUGAUGGGAGGCAUGGGCUUGUCAAACCAGUCCAGUUACGGUGGCCCAGCUAGCCAGCAGCUGAGUGGUGGCUAUGGAGGUGGCUAUGGCGGCCAGAGCAGCAUGAGCGGAUAUGACCAAGUUUUACAGGAAAACUCCAGUGAUUUUCAAUCAAACAUUGCAUAGGCAGCCAAGCAGCAGUGAACAGCAGCUACUGCAGUAGUGGAAGCCAAGCAUCUGUGGGCGUGAACGGAAUGGGAGGGGUGUCUAGCAUGUCCAGUAUGAGUGCUGGAUGGGGAAUGUAAUUGAUCCCGAUCACUGACUCUUGGUCAGCUUUUUUUAAAGGAAAAAACAUCUUCAGUUUAACAGUUUUUCACAGUCUGAGCUUGUGAUUUAUAAUUACUGCUAUCAGUGGAAUGAGGAUUGUUUUAAAGACUCAAGGUUCAGUAUUUUUGAACACAAGUUAUCCAGGAUGUAACAUCGAAGUUAAGUAAACUUUAACUGUUAAACAAUUUUCAGCUUUUCUCAAGUUAGUUAUAUUGUAGGAUGUACUUAAGUAGUGAGUGUAUUUAGGUUAAAGCAGUUGAAUUACGUUAAAUGUUGCUCUUAUACUACAUUACAUGGAACCCUGUUUGGAUGCAUGUUGAAAAGACAUGCUGUUUUGUAAAAUUCAAUAUAGGAGCUGUGUCUGCAAUUAAAAGUGAGACAUUUGGCAUGUUUGUUAAUUCUAGUUUCAUUUAAUAACCUGUAA